CCACAGUGUGUAAUUAUCUAGGUUAAAUAAACGUUUAAUGGUAGUAAUAAGUGGGCAACUCCAAUGUAUACAUCCACAUAAAAAUUUUUGAAACUAUUUGAAAUGUAUCAACUAUGUCUGAUUUGAAUCAAACAGUUAUUACAAUGGAUGAUUUGAAUCUCAGCUGCCAGGUAAAUUCUACACUGGCAGAGAUUGAAAUAUGUAAAGUCCGACGGAGUGAUCAAAUGGCGGUGACUCUGCUGCCAGCUAUCUUGGUGCUCUGUGUCAUCAUGGUCGUCGGCACCGUGGGCAACUGCCUGGUGUUCUACGUCUACUAUUUCAAGUUCACGCCAAGCUCCGCCAGGUCUGCCAUUCUGGCACUGGCCUGCUACGAUCUGCUUACGUGUGCCUUGAGUAUUCCAGGUGAGAUACUGGACAUGAGAUACUCGUACAACUUUGACAGUGAGGAGAUGUGUCGUGGAAUCCGUUUGGUCACCACCGUCAUACUGGUGGCCUCCGGAUUGCUACUGGUCAUGGUCGCAGUAGACCGCUACCAAAGGAUAUGUCAUCCACUUGGAGAUCACCUGACUGCGUCGGACAUCUGGAAACGCACUUUUAUUUUGUUUGUCUUGGCUAUGAUCAUCGCCGUUCCAACUCCCAUCAUUUAUGGGCUGGCAGAUAUACCUAUAUCUGAAGGUAUUCAUGGAACAGAAUGCUCCACCAAUCAAGACUACAAGAACCAUCCUCUACGCAAGGCUUACAUAAUUAUUCUGGGACUUGUAUUUUUGGUGGCCUUUGCAAUUAUGAUCGUCAUCUACAUUCUCAUAGGACGGCAGGUGCUUAGACAAAAGGCGUUCCGGAAUAACGUUCAACAGAGAAGAGGAAGUAUAGUUUCUGCAGGAGCCAACUGCAGGCACACACUGUACAGUGGCAGCAAUGAGGACAAUGAACCACAAUCUUUGGAUGGAAUGAAAGAUUCAUCCCUACUGCACGACAAAGAACAAGAUCUCAAGGACAUUAACUCACUGUAAGUAAAAACAAUGAUGAACUCAUCAGUGAUAGUUCUUUAGGAUUCGUAUUAUUACAUGAUAAGAACAGUAUGUUCACAAUCCUUAUGUAUGACAUGAUAAGAACAGUGAUACCACACAAGUUCACAGUUAACUAGAAGUCUGCAUUGGACAAAGUUACAGCAAUCCAUUAAAGCUAAUUAAGAAUGAUGUCUCGUUAUUCAAAACAGAUUUGAUGCCACAGCUAUCUAGUCUUUAUAACAUUUCAGUCAAUUUAGAUACAAGUUCGGAUGGGUUGUUUUUUUAAAGAUAAAGAAUAAUAUAGUAGAAACAGCGUUGAAGCUGCAUGAAGACAAAAAUGACCAAAAGGAGGUUACGUCUGAUUGCUUGCAAGUGUAAAUUGAUUCAAAUGUUUUAUAUCAUAUCAUCAUGUGGAAUUCAUCAAAUCCUGUCCAGUAACUUCGGUUUCACGUCUAUUUAAAAAAUUAAACAACCCAGAAAAACUAAGUUUUUCGUAGAAAUACUUGAUCAAAUGUAAUAUCGAGCAAUUGGGGGGGCGCUAAAAAUUUGACAAAACAUGCAUUCGAGUAAUCCACUUUAUGAGAAUCACAAUUAGUUCUCCCAGCCUUUUUUCACUCCUCUGAACUAUAUUAAGAUUCAAAUGACCAACUCCUUUUACACCGCAGAUUUAUUUCACCAACUAUUUCAGAAAAGGAAAAGAAAAUAUGCACCAAUACUUGCAAUAUUUGUUUAAAGUAUCUCAUUUACCGCAAUGAUGAGGAAUUUUAUUUCAUGAAAUCCGUGUCAUCAAAUUUCCUUCAUCUUCCCCUAGAACAAAAGGAAAAACUGAUUUUUGGGGGUUGGGGAGGUUGGGCUGAAAAUUUGAAAGAGCGUGUAGUCAUCGGCAAUGAGCCAAGAAAGAAACACACAAACAAAAGCAAAGUUAAUGUCAAGGAAUCUCAACAUUCUUCUUGAAAUUAAACAUUUCCUGUUAACCUCAUCUUAAAACUUUAUCAGAUGCUUCCGGAGAAAUUCUUCUGUGUUGGAAUUGAAUAACUUCUGGUCUCAGUCUACUCGGCUAAGUUGUCAUUUUAUUCUCUGGUGUUGUCAUUGGGUCUGCUGAUGAAGGCUUUCAGCGAAACUCCAUUUUGAUUGUCUUUAGUUGUUAUUUAGGUUUUCACAUAUCAUGUCCUCGCUGUUUAAUUACUUGUUUAAAAAACAGUUUUAUCAGCUUUAUGAUUUACAAAUAAUUAAUGAUAAUAACUGACGUAACUGAGCAUUUCUUCCUCAUCUAAUGCAGGUCAGCCCAAAACAAUAGUGUUGCAGCCAAAAAAGUAUUGAGGAAACCAUCAGUUUUGCGUCAUCUCCGCAAGAUCUCAUCAAAUCGAGACAAUCGACUCAGGAAAACAACAAUGAUGUUAUUUUUCAUAACUUUGGUGUUUGUUAUAAGUUUCUUGCCACAUAUCAUUCUCAAAGGUGUCCAAGCUUUAAACAAGAACUUUGUACAGAACCUCAGCACCGUCGGUGUCAUAUUUUACAACAUCUUUGUCCGUUCUUGUUUCUUUAACACAGCUGUCAACUUUUUUGUCUAUGGAACAUGCAGUCCAAAGUUUAGAAAUGAAUGCAGAGCACUGAUUUCAAAACUAGCUUUCUGGAUAAAACGGAGGAGAGCCUCAGUAGAGGUGGAUGACAUCCAGUAAACAUUUGGAUAAAGGAGAGGAGAGCCUCAGUAGAAUAGAUGACAUUCAGUAAAUGAAGCACUCAGGGCAAUCUGACUUUUUCUUUGACUCUGGGUAAACGAAUCAAACAGAUUCUAGGGGCCACUCUAGGCAAUGGUCCAUGUUUAUAAAGAAAAUCUACAAGAUGUUUCAUGAAAAGAGAUGUACUACAAUGGGUGAUCCAGCCUAACAGAAUGAAGUUUAACGUCCCAACCAACUAAAGACUAGAAAUAUCAAUAUCAAUUUUGUCCCAGUGACAUACGACCCACGCAUUGUUUCCAUUGCCUGUGUUUUUUAAUUGCUCAAUUGCUAGGGGCUGGACCUCUUCAAAUGUAACGGACAAAUUUUUACAAAAAAACUAAGUGAAGUUAAGGAUGUUCUCAUGGUCCCAAAAGUCUACUGACCAAACACUCAACAACACACAUGAGAGGGAUCUGGACAAGCUGAAUUAAGUUCUACAUGUGACUGUUAGAUGAUAGGGCUGUGUGAAAAAGGGGGGGGGGGGGGUAUGUUGUUACAUUUAAUUGCAUCCUGUUGGCAAAACACAGGAAACAAGAGAGAAAGUGGCUCAAUGAGGUUGGUGGUGUGUGCAGACAAUUGAUGAACAGACAAUUGUCUUUACAUGCCCAAAAUUAAGCCAUGGGAGGGUGCAUUCAUUCACACUCAACAACACACAUGAGAGGGAUCUGGACAAGCUGAAUUAAGUUCUACAUGUGACUGUUAGAUGAUAGGGCUGUGUGAAAAAGGGGGGGGGGGGUGUAUGUUGUUACAUUUAAUUGCAUCCUGUUGGCAAAACACAGGAAACAAGAGAGAAAGUGGCUCAAUGAGGUUGGUGGUGUGUGCAGACAAUUGAUGUACAGACAAUUGUCUUUACAUGACCAAAAUUAAGCCAUGGGAGGAUGCAUUCAUUCCUCCACUACACUUGAUGUACAGAGAAACACUUGAGGAAGAUUAAACUUGAUUUUAUUAGAAACAUUGCAGCCACUCAAUGACUCGUGACACAUUGCUGUUGUCAUGAUUUGACAAAAAUAACCAAGUGUGGACAGUGUGCUGUCAGAGUUCACCAAUUAUAUCCUAUUAUUCUAGGAGGCACUGAUUCUGUCAUGUCAGAGUGUGGUAUCAGAGUGUGGUGUCAGAGUGUGGUGUCAGAGUGUGGUGUCAGAGUGUGUUGUCAGAGUGUGGUUUCAGAGUGUGAUGUCAGAGUGUGGUGUCAGAGUUCACCAAAUGCAUCCUAAUUCUAGGAGGCACUGAUUCUGUCAUGUCGGAGUGUGGUGUCAGAGUGUGGUGUCAGAGUUCACCAAUUACAUCCUAUUAUUCUAGGAGGCACUGAUUCUGUCACGUCAGAGUGUGGUGUCAGAGUGUCGUGUCCGACUUCACCUUGUUACAUCCUAUUAUUCUAGGAGACGAGACACUGACUGUGUCAUUGACAACUCCCAUAGUGUCCAGUAAACUUUGGGGACAAUGAAGCACAAAGUCUGUUUGUACUUGUUUCUAAAACUAAAUGUUAUGUUUCAUUUUAAACUUUUUCUUACCGAGCAUUUUUCCUUUCUUACAUCUUGAUGUCAUCCCAUGCCCCUGCUCCCACUACCCCUACAAUUGUAAUCCUCAGUCAACCUAAUUCUCACCUGAACAUACAAUCUCUCUAUUAAAUAAAUAGAUUACUAUCUGAGCUCUCUUUUAUCUAAUGAUUACGGUCUCAAGUUUAUGUCAGCAAUGUGCACAGCACUGUUCCCUGGAACAACUCAUUUAGAGUCUACCAUACCAUGAGUGGGCAAUGUGCACAGCACUGUUCCCUGGGACAACUCAUGUAGAGUCUACCAUACCAUGAGUGGGCAAUGUGCACAGCACUGUUCCCUGGAACAACUCAUGUAGAGUAUACCAUACCAUGAGUGGGCAAUGUGCACAGCACUGUUCCUUGGGAACACUUA